CCCCAAUGUAGGUUAGCCGUCGUGGGGAUGUAGGUUGGCUAUAUACGCCUAAUGCCGGCCAUCACUCUGUCAGUCAUACUGCCUCUCAUCAUCCAACCGCCGCUUUCUCGUGCAGGAAUUUCGCUUGGUCGUCAUCGUACUGACCGCAAGGUACCACCAAACCAAACCGGCACGACGGUCUCAAUCGCGGAAAUCUUCCGCCGGCAAUAACGGUACUCCCAAUCGCGGCUAAAUCGCGACAGAAACAGAGUGUGCCAGUCGCCAGGCGUUUGUCUUCAACGGGAAGGAUACACCGGGAAAAAUGAUACGGCACAUAGCGUUCCUGCUUUUAGGAGCUGUAAUGGUUGCAGCACAGCGUAGGUUAGCAUUACCAGAUCCCAGAAGCUGUGCGAAUAGAGUCCGACAUGCGUCAUACAGAGACGCUCGUGGAGUAACCCACUCGUACUUCUUCAGUUGGGAACAUCCUCCGACGAGGGGUCUCGAAGUGGACUGGUUAGAUGCCAGAAACAUCUGCAGGCGACACUGUAUGGACGCCGUCUCCUUGGAGACGCCCCAGGAGAACGAGUUCAUCAAGCAGAGGCUGGCUAGAGGCAACGUCAGGUACAUUUGGACUUCCGGAAGGAAAUGUAACUUUGCAGGUUGCGAACGUCCCGAUCUUCAACCCCCCAACAUUAACGGUUGGUUCUGGUCUGGAUCUGGAGCCAAGAUUGGACCGACCACCCAGAGGAACUCUGGAGAUUGGAGCCACACUGGUGGAUUCGGCCAAGCGCAACCUGACAACAGGGAAGCCGCUCAGGGUAACGACGAAUCCUGCUUAUCAAUCCUCAAUAACUUCUACAAUGACGGAGUCAAAUGGCACGACGUCGCUUGUCACCACGUCAAGCCCUUCGUUUGCGAAGACAGCGAUGAACUCCUCAACUUCGUCGCAUCUAGAAACCCAGGAAUUCGUCUAUAAGCCACUUACAAUGUCUUUUGUAUAAAGCGCCAACCCGUUCUUUUACACCCAACAGAAAAAAAUCACAUCAAACUUAGACUGAAAUGGCAGCAUACUUAACUGUAUUGUUGCUUGUGAUGUGCGACGAUUCUUACGUAAGUUAAGGUUGACCAUACACGUUGGUUUUGCUAUAGUUGGUUUGUAAACAUCCUAUGGUAAUAUGUGAGAGUAUGGUCUGUUUUUUAGAGUAGAAAUGGUGAUAUCGGAAGCGCCAUAUAUUAAAAACAUUUUUUCGUAUCAAAUUUUGCUAGGAAAAGCUCAAGUACUAUAAAAUAUUAUAGUUAAAAAUUUAAAUUCCUGACUUUCUCAACUUGUCUAGACGUUGAAUGUUGUACAAAAAUUAUAUUCCUUUGUAAAACAGCAAUGAUUGUGUCGUUAAAACCUUGCGUACUAAAAGUAUAAACAAAUGCUGCCAUCUCAGAAAUGUCAAGAAAAUCCCUAAUUGGAAUUUUUCCUUAGACCCUCUGAUUCAUUCAUCCUUCUCGUAUUUUUUCACUUAAUGCAUGUGAAUAAAGCUUUACCUUUUAGUUGAUAGAUAUUUUAUGUACUUUAUAAAUUAUAUUUUUAUUUUUAAUAAAAAAACUUAUUUUAAA